AUGAUUAGUGUAUUGAUAAUUAUAAAUUAGUAGUUGCAUCUAUGUAUUAAUAUCUUAUAUAUAGAUGUUAAUUAAUGAGUAGAUAAUAUAAUUAUACAUGUAUUACCAACUCAUUAUGACAUUCAUAUUGUUUCAUCAUUUAAGUCUUAAUGUAUAUUAUUUUAUUUAUAUUAUGAGAUUGACCCCACUUAACUUUUAUAAAGUCAAGUGAUGAUUCUUUCAUAUUUUCUUGAUAAUUAUUUGAUUGUAAGUACUUAGGUGAGCUCUUAUUAUGUGUUGGAAGUAAUGGAAGAAGCCAAGGCUUUCAGCCUAAGGAAAAACCCAAGUCUUAUGGAGAGGGUCAACCUAAUAUAUUUAUGGGUCCAAGAAAGGGUGUCACCUUGGGCAAAGCUCAUUUGAACUUGAAAGAGUUAUCAAGAGAUGAGAUCUAGGUCAUCCAUCUUAGAGUGUCUUAAGAUGAGCUUAAGAGAAGGAUUAGAGUGUUGCUCUUAUGAAAGAAUUUGGGCCAUCAACCAAGAGAAUUCUUGAGAGGAUUAAGACAUCUCACCCCCCUCUUGGAGGACGCUUUUUGAUUCUCUAUCUAAUAGUGGUUAGUCGAAGAAAAUAGGAGAGAAAUUAAGGCUUAUUCAACGACAUUUUUGUGUUCAAGAUCAUCGUGGAGAAGAGAUUAUCUGGAACACAUCAAGAUCAUCAUGGAUCAAGCAUCACUCAGCCUAGGACUGACGCACAAUGAGGUUUGUGCAAGAUCUAGAUUUGAGACAUCCUUGUAAUUUUCUCUAUAGAUAGAUUAACUCUUAGUUCGAAUUAGUUUACCAUUUAUUCUAUCAUUUCAUUGUGUUAGAUCUAUUUUCUCUUCUUUACUAUACUUUUUAUUUCUCUUGUCUUUAUCCUUGUCAGAUUAAUUCUGGCCUUCACAAUCUCAAGUAUAUAUAUAUAAGAAAUAAGAUAAGUAAAAUUUUUACUCUCAUUACCCACGCUCUUUGA